GCUCAGGUCAGCCAGCCCCAAAUCACGGUGUUGCAACGCACAUCAACAUCAAGAUCAAUCCAUUCUAUGCCCCAGCAAGAAUGCAGGUUUGAAGUGAAGUGUUAAGUGAUUUUGUGAUUCAAGAUUGCAAAACGUGCCAUUUUCUUUAGAAAAUGGAUUGUAAUAAUUCUGUACCACCUAUUGAAGGUGUACAUAGUGGACAUAAUGAACUUGGACAUAUGUUCCAUGGAGUGCAUUCCUUGCCUAACUCCUUCAGUGCCGUCGGACCACCUCAGUUUUGGAGACCUCCGCCACCUCUUCCACCCCAAAUGCCACCCCAAAUGCCACCCCAAAUGCCACCACCAUUUCCAGGUUUUGGACCCAGGGGGGCUUUUCCUGUCCCUUUCCCCUUUCGACAUGUGCCGCCUAUGUUCAAUGUCCCCCCUCCUCCCCUGUCUAGUGGUUCAAAGACAGAUGGAGAUGAGCAAUGGCUGAAAAACUGGAUUCAAUCUCGACUAUUUAAGAAACCUGCUAAUCUCCAUACUCUCAAGAGUGUUUCCAUUUGUGAAACAAGGGACAAGUUGAAGGCAUGGAUGCAGUGCUUAAGGAAUCUUGAAGAAAAGCAUAGCAUUCUACAUCAGAAAGUAGAGACAGUAACAGAAUGGAGUGCAUUGUGUACGAAUGUUGAGGAACAGAAGUCAGAAUUAUCUGGCAUCAGCUCAUCUCUAACUAAGAAGCUACUUCAAGAUUUACAGAAGAAAGUCUGUAAACAAGUGAAGAAACGAUCUAGAGAGAAGAGGAAGAUUUCUAAGCAGCGGAAAGACUCUUAUUUGGCUCAAAUCAGACGUCAAAGUUUGCACCAAAAAGCCGAUGCAUGGUUAGCUGACAUGCAGCUAGCUGUGGACAGAGUCCGCAAAAAUGAAGAGUUGAAAAAAGAAGCAGAUACUGUCCUUGCUGAAGUCACACAUCGUCAGUCCGAGGGAAAGCGUCAAAUAGCUUUACUGGAGGCAUUGCAAAAAUUGCAUCAGGCUCGCAUCCAAGCCCUCGAGGCUCGUGGUACAAAGCUUUCAGUUGAAGACAAAACAAGUUGUGAACAUUCCAAUUCACAAAUUUGCCAACUUCUUACAUUGUGGUCCAGCAAAAUGGAAGAGUAUGCUAAAGAGGAACAUGGUUUGCGAGUUAUGCUGGAAGAAUCUGCUGCAAAAAAAAGUGAUUUAGAAAUUCAAAAUGUUAAGAAAGUUCUCAGUGAAUGGGAAGCAUGCUUGUUUGGCACAGAAAGUUCAUUUACAAUGGAUGAGCCUUUUGAUAUCAGCACUCUUGUCUCAAUUCGCUAUGCCUGGGAUCAAUAUACAGUGCCAGAGGGUGCUGCUGUACCCAUGGCGUCGACAAUACCAGUGGGCUGGGUGCUCCCAACCACUCCCAGUUCUCCUGAGUGGCAGCAGUUGUUAUCCAAUAAGUGAGUGUUUCUUGUGUUGUAGUAUUAUUUUUCAUUGUAAGUUUGGAGAGGGUUUCUCCUCAGGACAGUUGGUUUGUUUCCUUUCCUUAUGAAAUUUAAAAUUGAGGCAUUCAGUGAUGGGUGCUGUGCUGGGAAAUUACACCCAACAGUGAAGAGUUCUUUUGAUUUUGUAGUAAUUCAACAUUAGUUGAGCUGUUGCCAUAACUUUUAAGUGGAUUAAGUAAGAUACUUCAGAGAUUCGGAGUCAUUACCAAUUUUCCAGAUAAGAAUUUGUUCUUUCCUGUCUAAACGUAUGUUACUCUUGACUUUUAAUCACUAAUAUUUUUUCAACAAAUUCUCAUCAAAUUAAUGUAAUGCUAUUGUUUUUCGUUACCUGCAUCCUGCAGAAGUUUUAUGUGAAAAAUUAAAUAUAAAGAGUACUUAUUUUUAAGAAAAAUUGGAUGAUUGUAUUUGAUGCUGUCAACUUUCACUCUUGUCUGUUAAAUUCUAAAAGAAUAAAAUAUUUUAUAAGAAC